AGGUGGGAAACGCAGACAUAAACGUAAACAGAGCAGAGAGACAACAUAACGUAACGCAACGUAACGUCAAAGAGGAAAGAACAAUGAGCCGUUUUAAUUGAAGACGAUUAAUCAAUUUUAUCUAAUUGGAAGUUCUCUGCCAUUGCGUGAAACUUGAUUUAGACCCAUCAUCUUGUGCCUCGACCACACAAGAAAACAAAACAUUUUCGAAACGGAAACUGCACUUAGUUAAAUAAGAUGAAAGGUUAGGACAGGGCAAGAGGAAUAGAAAAGAAGAUGUCGUUGAACCAAAUCAAGGGUAUGUCUUCGGUCACCCCCAAUUCAGAGGACCGCGAGACUUGGGGCAAGAAGGUCGACUUUCUGCUUUCGGUCAUCGGAUUUGCGGUCGAUUUGGCUAACGUCUGGCGAUUUCCAUAUCUUUGUUACAAAAAUGGAGGUGGGGCAUUCCUGGUUCCGUACUGCAUUAUGUUGGUGGUCGGAGGGAUCCCAUUGUUCUACAUGGAGCUGGCACUUGGGCAAUUCAACAGGAAAGGCGCGAUCACUUGCUGGGGACGAUUAGUGCCACUUCUGAAAGGUAUUGGAUAUGCAGUUGUUUUGAUAGCCUUCUACGUGGAUUUCUACUACAACGUGAUCAUAGCGUGGGCGCUGAGAUUCUUCUUCGCAUCGUUCACCGAUAUGCUUCCCUGGACGACGUGCAACAAUCCCUGGAACACGCCACUAUGCAAACCGUUCGAUGCAACAAUGAGCAAUAUGAGCGAUGCUAUGAAUCAGACGGACGUGUCUUUCGCAAGGACGGAUCCAAGAUUGUCAUCAGCGGCGUCUGAAUAUUUCAACCGAGCAAUCCUGGAACUUCACAAAAGCGAAGGUCUUCACGAUUUGGGUACCAUCAAAUGGGACAUAGCGCUUUGCCUCUUCGCCGUCUACAUCAUCUGCUACUUUUCUCUAUGGAAGGGCAUCUCUACGUCCGGAAAGGUUGUUUGGUUCACAGCCCUUUUCCCCUACGCCGUCCUUCUAAUUCUCUUCGUCAGAGGGAUCACGUUGCCGGGGAGCGCGCAGGGCAUCAACUACUACCUAAAUCCUAAUUUCAAUGCAAUCACAUCGGCUGAGGUUUGGGUGGAUGCGGCGACUCAAGUAUUCUUCUCCUUAGGGCCUGGAUUUGGAGUGCUUCUAGCGUACGCAUCUUACAACAAAUACCAUAAUAAUGUAUACAAAGACGCAAUCUUGACAAGUGUCAUCAACUCUGUGACGAGUUUCAUAGCCGGAUUCGUCAUAUUCUCUGUACUCGGCUACAUGGCUCAUGCUUCCGGAAGACCGAUCCAAGAGGUCGCCACCGAAGGACCUGGACUCGUCUUCGUCGUUUAUCCUGCUGCUAUAGCAACAAUGCCUGGAAGCAUCUUCUGGGCGUUGAUAUUCUUCAUGAUGUUGCUCACCUUAGGCUUGGACAGUUCGUUCGGAGGAUCUGAAGCUAUAAUCACUGCUUUGAGCGAUGAAUUCCCAAAGAUUGGAAGGAACAGAGAGAUCUUCGUCGCUGGUCUAUUCACUUUAUAUUUCAUAGUAGGAUUGGCCUCAUGCUCUCAAGGUGGAUUCUACUUCUUCCAUCUUUUGGAUAGAUACGCAGCUGGUUAUUCCAUGCUUAUUGCUGUGCUGUUCGAAGCUAUAGCCGUUUCUUGGAUAUACGGAACUCAACGAUUUUGCGAUGAUAUCAAGGACAUGAUCGGUUUCUCUCCUGGCAUCUACUGGCGCUUCUGCUGGCGUUUUGCCGCUCCAGUUUUCCUCUCGUUCAUCAUAAUCUACGGCCUUUUGGGAUACGAACCACUGAGCUACGAGGACUACGUUUAUCCAGCUUGGGCGAACAUGCUUGGAUGGGCAAUAGCUGGAUCAUCGGUCAUGAUGAUACCUCUAGUUGCAAUCUACAAACUGCUAACAACACCCGGCUCAUUCAUGAAGAGGAUCCAAAUUCUGACUACACCUUGGAGGGACACUCAACUUAACAUACAACAAAACGGCGUUGUCCAAUCCGACAGCAACCACGUCCAUCUGGAAUACCAAGAAGUGGCGACGAAUCCGCCACCGGAGGAAGUCUGAGGCAAGAAGAAUAGCCAGUUCGAUGUAUAUUAUGUUUAAAUACGUUAAGACUAAAUGUGUAUAUAUAAAUAUGUACUAGUUGCUAAGGAUUUUCAGUUUGUUUAAAAAAAAUAAUGAAAAACAGUGAUUGUGUCACUUCGUCAGCAGCCAUACUGAUCCGAAGGAAAAAAACACAUUAAUAUUUCUUCGGAUCAAUCCCAGUACUGAACUGACACAAUUACUAUAUGAUAAUUUUUGUUGAACCUUUUCACAAAGGGGAAAUCUAGGUCGAAACAGCGAUUAAAUAAUGGUAGUUGACUCGUAUUAGGUAGCAAUAUGAAUAUUACGAUCCUCGUAAAACGUCAUGCAAAAUUGACGACGUGGCAUCGUGGCUUUCUAACUAUAUUUAACUAUAAUAUAAUGAUAAUAAAGUUUAAAGAGAAAAGUUACAACGAGGUGAGAGUGUGAAAACAUUUUAAAAAAGCCUAAUUUAAAAUGUUUUCUCUGUCGGGGAAUAUCUGAAGCAGCCAUUUCGAGCUUCCCUGACGUUUG